CUUACGCUGCAAAAUUACAGGUUAUGCAAUAAUCACUUUUCGGAACGUUGUUAUGCAAAUUCGAAAGAUUUGAGACUUGUUCGUAACGCAGUUCCAAAUAGAUUUAUUGAAAUUGAGUGUACCGGGGGGGAAAGCUCUAUCGAAAAUGUAGCACCAGUUAUUCCUGAUAGUUGGGUGGAAAAUGUUCCAUUAACUACCAGUGAUAUGACUGAUAAAUGCCAGCCAGGCACAUCGAAUCAACCUCCAGUAACUCCUACUAGAAAGUUGUUUCGAAGUGUUGAAGGGUUGAGCAAUAUAGAAAAUUCCCCAAGGAAGUUAAAAUUAAUUCGCAUAAUCAACAGAAAAGAAAAUCAGUUGAGAAAAGUGAAACGUUUGUGUAAGAAGAGAGGCAAUGACAUUAAAGCUUUGGCAAAUUUAUCGGACUCAGCCGUAGUUCACGGAUUGUUUCAAGACAUGCCAUCAUUGACCUCCAAUUUUCUGUUGGCUCAAAUUAGAUGCUCAAAAAGCAAAGGGUCGAAAGGAAGAAGAUGGACUUUUGAUGAUAAAAUUAUGGCUCUUGCUAUUUAUAAAAAAAGUCCUAAAUGCUACCGAAUGCUCCAAAAAUUUGUAUGGCUACUUAGCAAAAAAACCCUUUUGUCAAUGCUGGGAAAAGUUCCAUUUCAUGUUGGGAUUAACGAACAUCUGUUCUCGCAUAUAAAUGAAUCGAUUGAAGGUUCUGCAGACAGAUGUUGCGUUCUUCUAUUCGAUGAGAUGGAUAUCCAAGAGAACAUUGAAUAUGAUCUUGGCAGCGACAACAUUCUCGGAUUCGAAUAUUUCGGUGAAAGAACAUCUAGUAAACCCGCCAAUAAAGCCUUAUUGUUUAUGCUAGUAGGGCUAGCAAAAAAAUGGAAGCAACCCGUAGCAUACUUCUUUGCAAGCAAUGGGUGUAAUGCGAACAAUUUUGAACAUUGCUUGUUUCAAGUUCUUAAAGCGGCGAACAAUAUUGCAAAAGUUGAGGUCGUGGUAGAGAAUAGCUUCCUGGCAAAAGACGCUUGGUGCAACCCAUAGUCAAACUAUGCGAUAUUCCUGGACCAUCGCUUGAAUGUUAAUUGUAAGGAAGUGAGAUGUAGAUUUAGCAACCUAUCAAUUUUUAGACUCCAAAGACACUCUUUCCAGGGAGAGCAGCUCAAAUCACACAGCAUCAGCACCUGAAUUGUGUACCCCGAAAAAAAUUAAAGGUACGUUUGUAUUAAAAUGAAAGUACUUUAAUAAUUUG